UGAGAAACGCUUCGACGUGUGCUUUUUUAGUUGUCCUGUCUUGCAUAUUUACAACCAUGUCUUUGCAAACUGUACAUGCUCCAGCCGGUGGAAAUGUCACCAUUCAUUGUUUGCAUAUACUGGCCCACGGCAACAUCAAAUAUUUCUGCCGUGAGACGUGUGACGGGAAAAAUACUCUCAUAAUAUCUGAAAGAGGCAGGAACCCAACACACAGAGACAGAUACUCACUAUAUGAUGAAGGAUCAGACUUUACAGUCACCAUCACUGAUCUGAGUUCAUCAGACAGCGGUUCUUACAUCUGUGCAGUCCACAGACUCUUUAUAGACACGUACGGUUAUGUGAAGCUUCAUGUGACCGAGGCUUCUACAUUAAUACCUUUUCCAACAACUACAACCAGACAACCUGCGAGAAGAUCUGCUAGAACCACAACAGUGAUCAGGAGAACAUCAUUGGAGAUCAGAGAAUCAAUCCCAGUUACAACAGAAUCAGUAACCGCAAGGAGAGCAGCAGUGUCUGAUCUCUGGGUAUACGUGGGUUGUGCUCUCGGCACGCUUGUGUUGAUUUUUAUUAUCAUCUUCUUGGUGUUUAUCAAACACAAGUCUAAACAGAAGAUGUGCCCCACAUCAUCAGCUCUUCAUCAUCCUGAUGUUCUCAGUUACACCACGCUGAACUUCACUUCACGAUCGGACAGUCUGAUGUACUCCACUGUUCUCUUCAGAAAAGAACAUCAUAAGAACACUGAGAGAAAGUGUUCACGUGACCCAAAUGAACGAACCUCAACACUUUAUUCAUCUGUUCAGACAACAGGAAUCAAAUAGAUAUCAUCCAAAUCAAAUGAUCCAUUCAAACAGAUGUGUAGAUUAUCUUGAACUUUUAAUUUGUAAAGAUUAAUUUAGAAUUUGUUCAAUGCUCUUUAUAUACUGUACACUUGGCACUGCUUUAAAAUGGCACAUUUAGCUUUUCAUUAAAAUAUGAAUAUGAUCUUUCACUUUUAGGAACAUUUGAGGAUUUUAUUUAUGCAAAAUCAACGAUUAUUGGUUUGGUUUGAGAAUUUCAGUUUUAUUACAUUUUUCGGUGAUCUUUGCUUCCAAAUCACACAUGUUUUGCAUGUCUGCAUUCUAACCCGAUCUUGUUGGGAUAUUUUCUUAGUGAGGUUAUGCUACUACACACCACCAGAGUGAGCCACGAUGCUCUAGUGACUGGUAAAGGUGAGUAGUGAAGCAAAUCUGAUUUGUUGGGCAGAGGAAGCAUGGCCUGUUUGUCUCUUGGGUCUUUUG